AGCGGAGCCGGCAGCGCCCGGUGGGAGCCGGAGCCCCCGGAGUGACUCUCGCCGUGACCGGACACCGCUGACUUCCAGCCGCCGCCAUGGGCUCCGAGCGGGACUCCGAGUCGCCGCGCUCCUCGUCCAUCCACUCGGCCGCCGCCAAGUGCCCCAAGCCCGGCCGCCGCCGCCGCCUCUCCUUCCAGAGCGUCUUCUCCGCCGCCGCCGCCUCCGCCGCGGGCAGCCGCCGCCGCGCUAAGGCCGAGCCGCCUCCCGCCGCCCCGCCGCCGCCGCCGCCCCCCGCCGCCCCGCCGGCCCCGCCGCCUCCUCCUCCUCCUCCUCCGCCGCCGCCUCUGCCGCCCCCCGAGGAAGCGGCGGUGGUCCCGGAGGGCGGCGGCGAAGAGGAGCUGGAGUGCCCGCUGUGCCUCGUGCGGCAGCCGGCCGAGAACGCCCCACGCCUGCUGUCGUGCCCGCACCGGUCGUGCGGGGCCUGCCUGCGGCAGUACCUGCGCAUCGAGAUCACCGAGUCCCGCGUCAACAUCUGCUGCCCCGAGUGCAGCGAGCGCCUCAACCCCGCCGACAUCCGCCGCCUGCUCCGGGACUCCCCGCACCUCGUCGCCAAGUACGAGGAGUUCAUGCUCCGCCGCUGCCUCGCCGCCGACCCCGACUGCCGCUGGUGCCCGGCCCCCGACUGCGGGUACGCGGUCAUUGCCUAUGGCUGUGCCAGCUGCCCCAAGCUGACCUGCGAGAGGGACGGCUGCCACACGGAGUUCUGCUACCACUGCAAGCAGAUCUGGCAUCCCAACCAGACCUGCGACAUGGCCCGGCAGCAGCGGGCACAGGCGCUGCGGGUACGCACCAAGCACACGUCAGGCCUCAGCUACGGGCAGGAGUCUGGCCCAGCCGACGACAUCAAGCCGUGCCCGCGCUGCAGCGCGUACAUCAUCAAGAUGAACGACGGGAGCUGCAACCACAUGACGUGCGCGGUGUGCGGCUGCGAGUUCUGCUGGCUCUGCAUGAAGGAGAUCUCGGACCUGCAUUACCUCAGCCCCUCUGGCUGCACAUUCUGGGGCAAAAAGCCAUGGAGUCGUAAAAAGAAGAUUCUCUGGCAGCUGGGCACGUUGAUCGGGGCUCCCGUGGGCAUCUCCCUCAUCGCUGGCAUUGCCAUUCCUGCUAUGGUCAUUGGCAUCCCGGUGUACGUUGGGAGGAAGAUCCACAGCAGAUACGAGGGAAAGAAAACCUCCAAGCACAAGAGGAACUUGGCCAUUACUGGUGGGGUCACCUUGUCUGUCAUUGCCUCUCCAGUCAUCGCUGCUGUCAGUGUGGGUAUCGGCGUCCCCAUCAUGCUGGCUUACGUGUACGGGGUGGUGCCCAUCUCGCUGUGCCGGGGCGGUGGCUGCGGGGUCAGCACUGCCAAUGGGAAGGGGGUGAAAAUCGAGUUUGAUGAAGAUGAUGGACCCAUCACAGUGGCUGAUGCCUGGCGAGCCCUGAAGAACCCCAGCAUUGGGGAGAGCAGCAUCGAGGGGCUGACCAGCGUGCUGAGCACCAGCGGCAGCCCCACCGAUGGGCUCAGCGUGAUGCAGGGCAACUACAGCGAGACAGCCAGCUUCGCCGCGCUCUCGGGGGGCACCCUCAAUGGGGGGGUCCUCUCCGGAGGCAAGGGCAAGUACAGCAGGCUGGAAGUUCAGGCUGAUGUCCAGAAGGAGAUUUUCCCCAAAGACUCUGUCAGCCUGGGGGCUAUCAGUGACAAUGCCAGCACUCGAGCCAUGGCUGGCUCCAUCAUCAGCUCCUACAACCCCCAGGACAGGGAGUGCAAUAACAUGGAGAUCCAGGUGGACAUCGAAGCCAAACCAAGUCACUACCAGCUGGCGAGCGGCAGCAGCACAGAGGACUCUCUGCACGUCCACACCCAAAUGGCAGAGAAUGAGGAGGAGGAGGACGGGGAGCAGGAGCAGACCUGCAAACACCCAAGCUGUGAGCAAAAGGACUGCAUUGCCAGCAAAACCUGGGACAUCACCCUGGCACAGCCCGAGAGCAUCCGGAGCGACCUGGAGAGCUCCGACAGCCAGUCGGACGAUGUGCCGGACCUUACCUCGGACGAGUGCGAGUCCCCCCCGCCCCAGCCUGCAGCAACCUGCCCCCAGAGCCCAAGUGCCCCCCUGAGCCACUGUGCCCAAGCCGAGGGCUGCAGGCUGGAUGACAUGGUCAAGCUGGAGUGCAUCGAAGCCAGGGUGUGAGGUGGGCUCCUGUUGACCAGCACUCCAUCACUGCAUCUCUCUGGGGCAGGGUUGUGUCCGUGUUGGCUUCUGUCUUCGAGGCUACAGUGGCUCCCCAGCCCCCCCCCCCCCCUCCCGGGGAGCUGCUGUUUCUUAUGUGACAAAAAACAAAAAGGAAAAAAAAAAAACAACAACAAAAAAAGCCCAAUCCCCACCCCCUGUUUUUGUUUUAAUUUAUUGAUCCAAGCUCUGUGAGGUGUGUAAGAGUGUAAAUAUGUACGUGUGUCUGUACGUCUGCAACCAUCCUAAGGGACUAUUGGAAUAAAGCCUCUGGUUGUCAUUUGA